AUGUGUAAGAAGUUUAACCUGAAUUGCACACAAAACAAACAUAAAAAAGGGUUGAAUCCAAAAACAGACUGCCAUUAUGAAGAGGAGUUGUAUGUUAAAGGGUGUACUGCAGUUUGGUCUAAAGGUCUAGUAUCAUCGCCUGGCUCAAAAGUAUCGGCUCCAGAGCAACGCGAAACAAUUGCCUGUUACACUAUAGACAAUCCAAUAAAGAAUGCUGCCUUUGUUGACUUUCAUGUAGACCUGAAGAACACUAUGCUCAUUGAUGCUUUAAACUCGCAAAUUGAAGAUACUAAGAAGAACAUCAAAAUCGAGGAUAACACAGAACAUGUUAAAUCAGAGAUAAUGCCUUCAAUACUUUUAAUAGACAGUAAAUGUAUGCGAGUGUAUGCUGCAGAUGGAAGGGAGUACAUCACUAGUCUCCCAUUUCAAGUUAAAAAAGUCUGGCCAAUGAAGUUUGGAGUGCUCUUUGAAAAGGACCCAACACCGAUUCUGCACAGUUCCCUAUUACCAGUGUCGUUCUUGAAGCACAAUGAAACCCAAAAUAGCACGUUUUCAAGAUCGAAGGCAUCCUCCCACCACUUGAGUGCAAAAUUAAGAGCAGAGUCGAUAUCGGGAUAUGAUCAAGACUGUCCACUACCAACUUGCUUUUCUAUUAGCCACCCAUUAGAUGAUGUCAAUCCGAUCUUAAUGAAGUCACCAUCUCAGGGCCUUCAAUAUUACAAUGAUGGAGACUUACAAAUAAUCUUUGUUUCAUCUGAUCCUAGUAUAAUCCUGCUUUACGAUUGGAAGUUAGGUACUCAUUCUCUAUGGAAGAUAAGGAAGGCAUUUCGCGAUGAAUGCUUAUCUGUGUGCUCAAAUAUGAAUGUCACAUACAACCAGUCGUGUGACUUUGGUCGCAGUCCAUCUCAUAGCAUCGGGAAGAGUAGUUGGUUGGGAAGUCCUUUACAUUCAAAGAAGCAACCGAAAACUCCAAAAAUGUCUAGACAGAAUAGUACAAUCGCAAGUAUAUUCCAACAGCAGGGCUUGACACCUCAUUCUUCUUUUGGUCAUUCCAGUGUAUCGACGAUGGCAAAUUCAAUCCCUGCUCCUCCUUCAUUACCGCUAUACCCGGAUAUAUGUAUAGACCACAUAUUUACAGAUAGCCAAGUUUUAAGACGGGAUAAAAUCGAACGACCCAGUGAUACUAAAGCCUUCUUACAUACUGAUCUAGUUGGUCACGAGUACUUAUGCUAUAUGGUGAAAGUUGAAGGGGUGAGCAAGUUGCAAAUCAUGCGGCUGAAGAAAUCACAUACUCAUGGACAAAAUAAAAUGAACAUAAUAGUUGGCUGGGUGUCAUCUGUCUUGGCCAAGGACGCAGUUGUUCUAGAUCAUUUGAAGAUGAUGGCGCUUAUAGACGAAACAGGGAAUAUAAUUUUACAGUCGGGGAACAAUUUUGUUGGCAAGAUUCACGUAGGUGGUGUUCUGGCUCGCCUAAUCGACUCCCCUUACACGAAGCGUUCGACCUUUCAAUCGCCAUUUCCUCGGCGCAGCAGCCUUUUGCCGACUCGCUGCGACAACACCACCUUUGACGACUCCGCUUUACAUCUCCUAUCUCCGGUACCUCACUCUUCUGUUUCUCGGUUGGAACGGAAGGAGAGUUUGGGUAUUCGCGGUCUCUGUGAUGCUGCAGGGGAUCGUCUCAGUGUCAGUUUCGAGUCAGGACAAUUGUAUCGAAUCGCUUUGCCACCGGUGGUUUGUUCGCCACUUCUGAGCCGAAGUUGUGAUGCUCUAGCUGCUGCCUUACCCAAGGAUCUCACGAUGCAGGUCCUCAUAAAGUGGUACGGAGUCCGCAACGCUCCCGGUACCCAAGAUCUAACACCGGACCAGGAAUGGGAGAUGUUUUCCGAAUUAAUGCUUUCCCUCAUAGGAUAUGAUGUGGACAAACUAGGCCAGAAGCACUCCGAUGAAGAGACCGAAGUCCUACCAAAGAAGCAGAGGACCUCCAACGAUGGCUCCCAAGAUGACUGGGAGCACAUGAUCCAUUCAAAGUUCCAUGAGGGCAUCAAUCAUAGCCUCACAAAUCUGCUUAACCUUCCAUCUCUGGAGGUAGACUCUAAGCACAAACGCGCGGAAGAAGAGAAGCCAAUCCAAUUUAACUCGAACGCCCUACUUUUCCCCUACAUGGUGCACCUGUUCUACACGUUCCAUCUUCUGUACGAGGACAUGAAGCUCAAUACGCUUCUAGAGAACGACCUGAAGCGUCUUGCGAAAUUGCUCUACCAGAUAUCGAAGGAUAUAUGCUUGGAUAAGUACGUGGAUCACUAUUGGCUGGACUUCCCUACGGAUUACAGUUUUGUGGCGGAGUGCGAAUCACAGAUAGGGGAGGAGGUGCUGAAGAGAUUGGUCCAGCCGAGCUACUUCAGCGCGGAGCCCCCUAACAUCUAUGCCUACUUAAACUCGGUGCUGAAGGAUGUGGACGAAGGCUGCUACCCAUACAUCUCUCAAGUCAAUGACAUGAGUAAGAAUAUUAUAGAGAUCAUGUCAGCGGCUGGCUGUGGAAGAGGGUCCGGUGUGCGAAUACUCAACGUGGCCGGUGGAGAAGGUGGUGCGAUGGCGAGCAGUACUCCGCGAGUUGCCACGUCCACCGCGCCAUCUGUACCUCAUGCGGCCGCAGUUCUACUAGCCUGCGAAAGAGGUCUAACCCUAAGAGACAUCGACAACUUUCCACCGGCCAUUGCACUAAUGAUAAUCACGAUAUUCAGCCGGUGCAAGCUGGACCCACCGGUGGACUGGCCACUGGCAGCCUACAGUCUAGUCAUGAGGGAAGACCUGGCUUUGCAGGCCGGCAUACAGCACAAGAUCAAAUCCACAGAUGAGUAUCUCGAAACCCUGGCACUCGAGGUUUUGGAAAAAGAAACUGCCUUCACCCAAAAUGACAACAAUUUGGAGGAAGUGAGCCAUAAGGCUGAUGAAGAAAUAACUGGCUUGGAGCAUAUGGGCACAAAGUUGCUCACUUUGUUAUACCCUAAAGACCAGAGAAUGUCGGAGGUGUACAGCCUUCUCCAGUCCUCUCGACCUGUCACUGUUAACUUGACGCAGCGUCCGGAGGUGUCAGACCACGACUUCAUUGAAGAGCAGGAAAAGUACCUCUACGCCCUUGGCACUAGGACUAUGGCGUUGCCGGUUGGAAGAGGUAUGGUGACGCUCCGGACCUUGGCUUGUCCGCCAACAGACUCCUUGACUCUUCCAAAACUGUGUGUAUCCGGUCGUGGGCCCCCGCCCCGCUGCAACACGAUCAACUUAAACGCCAGCGACACAUCUCCGCAGUGCCUGCUGUGGCCGACCUUCCACAACGGCGUAGCGGCUGGCUUGGCCGUCGUGCCUAUGACGGGGUCCAGUAUAGACUCCAACUGGAUCGUGUACAAUAGGCCACGGGGAACCCAGGAUAUGUCGACCGAACACGCGGGUUUCCUACUGGCGUUGGGUUUGAACGGCCACCUCAAGGAUAUGCCGUAUAUGAUCCUAUUCGAUUACUUCAUCAAGAGUCAUCAGAUGAUCAGCAUUGGUCUGCUGCUGGGGCUUACCGCUACUUUUAGAGGUACAAUGGAUGUUCUUGCCACGAAAAUGGUAAGUAUUCAUUUGGAAGCACUUCUGCCGCCAAGUAGCGUAGAGAUGGAUAUCCACCAUGGCGUUCUGGUAGCGGCGCUUCUUGGAGUUGGACUGCUCUACCAGAGAUCUGCGCACGCGCAUUACGCUCAAGUUUUGCUUAGGGAAAUUGGGAAACCUCCAGGUCCGGAGAUGGAGAAUUGCGUGGAGCGCGAAGGCUACGCGUUGGCUGCCGGCUUAGCCUUGGGCUGUGUAUGCCUCCGAGCUGGCGACCAGCCUCAUGUGGCUAAUAUGGCUCCCGCUUUGCGCACCUAUAUGCUCGGUGGGGACAGGAGAGGUUUCAAUGGUUCACAAAAAGACAAGUACAAGCAAGGGUCAUUUGCGGUUCGUGAAGGUAGCACAGUUAACUUAGACGUAACGGCACCGGGAGCGACUCUUGCUCUGGGCCUCAUAUACAUGAAGACCAACAACCCAGCUGUUGCCGAAUGGCUGCAACCACCCACCACCGCCUACAUGCUGGACUUCGUCAGACCAGAUUUGCUUAUGCUUAGGAUUAUAGCUAGAGGACUAGUGCUUUGGGAUAGUAUAGAACCAACGGAGGAAUGGGUAGAAAACCAGGUGCCUGCCACUAUUAAGCCCUACUGCUUUGUCAAACCCACUGAGGAGAAUAUAGAUUAUGAAGCCAUGAACCAGGCGUAUUGCAACAUAAUAGCGGGUGCAUGUUUUGCGCUCGGCCUCCGUUUCGCCGGCUCGGGAGAUGAAGAAGCCCGGGAUACGACCCUCUACUUCGCGUCUAGGCUUGCAUCAGCUUGGAGCCGGGCCCCAGAACACACCGGGGCCUCCACGCUCGAGACUUGUUGCUGCGUUUGUCUUUUGGCUGCUGGUUGUAUUAUGGCGGGGCGUGGCGACAUAGCAGUGAUGCGCCUUUGUCGACGACUGCGCGCGCGCACCGCCGCCUCACGUUCUAAUUCGACGCCGACGCACGCAGCGCAUCCGCCGCUUACUCACGGCGCUCAGAUGGCAGUACAUUGUGCCCUGGGCCUCCUUUUCCUUGGAGGAGGUCGUGCUACCCUCGGAAGCACUCCAGAUGCUGUAGCCGCCCUACUUACAGCAUUUUUCCCCAAAUUCCCCACGCACACUGAAGACAAUAGGUACCAUUUGCAAGCGUUCAGACACUUGUACGUUCUCGCCGUCGAAUAUAGACUGGUUCUGCCUCGCGAUAUUGACACGGGAAAGCUGUGUUAUGCGCAUAUACAGGUGGUUGACUUAAAUGGUUUGGCGAAAGAACUAAAAGCACCAUGUCUUAUACCAGAACUGGAUGCACUGAAGGAGGUCAAAAUCAACGACCCGAGAUAUUGGCCCAUGUCCUUUCACCGGGACCGCAAUUGGGACCAACUCAAGACGUUUCUGGAAUACACAUGGUGCAUUGACAUUAAACAGCGAGCCGGGUGCCUCUCUUACGCGAACGACCCUCAAGGCUUCUUGACCAUGCUGGGUCAAACCUUAACGCUCGACAAAUCCAACAUUUGGUCGGCGAAGCCGGAUAACAUAGAACUUUUCACGAACGACGCGCGAGUACAGAACUUCAUCAAGCACUACCUGGCUAAGGAUAACCGAGAUGAGCCAAUCGGCGCCAACAUUUGCGCGGAUUGUCUCGUGUUCAAGAAGAAAAGAUCGAGUGUGAAGACCUCUGGGUUGAUAAACAAAGGCUGCGUCUGUAGGAAAUACACGAAGGAGGAGCAAGAGUUGCUACAGAAUCUCAGCGUGGUGACUUACGAGUGCGUCGUCAAUGAUGUGUUGCGGGCUCUGCCGAUUUGGACAACGUUCUUAACGAUAAUAAAGGCCAUGCGCACAUCUCCGUCGUCGUACCACAUGUGGCAGAUGAAGCUGCUGCUGUCGCAGACGGAGGCGCUGAGCCGCCGCGGGUGCAGCGAGAUGAAGGUGGACGACGUCGACAGCGAGCCGCUCGUCUCGCACGAGUUCACGCUCGCCGUCAAGCAGCGGAUCGCGCUGCUCUUCGACAAGUGGGAGCUCAAGAUAUUGCCCUUCCUUCGGAAGUAUCUAGGUAUGCCGAGUAGCCGGACUAUAAAUAGUUGCCAAGAAGAUGUCAAGCGUAUCCUGGCAUCGUUCCUCAUGUACCACGAGUUGCGCCGCAAUCUCCUGAGGGACAGUGGGUUCGACACUUCCGAAUUGGGGCUGGUUAUGUGCGAAAAGGCUGCACUCAGCGGAGACGCAGCGAGUACUAGAUUUGAUGCGGUGAUUGCGGUCAUUGACCGGGGGCUACGUCACUCGGUCGAGGUGUCGCGUGGAUUGUGUCCACGAUUGGUGCUAGACUGCGCAAGAGGCUGGACAAGAGACACCGAUCUGUUGGCCGCUGGCCUAGUUCUACUUGGCCAGUGA